AUGAGUUGCAGACAAUUCUCCUCUUCUUACCGGAGCCAAGGCAGCUCCAGGGGUGGCGGGGGCAGCAUGAUGUCCUCGUUCGGUCGCGUCAGCUCCUCAGGGGCCUCUGGAGGAGGGGGCCGAUUCAGCUCUUCCAGUAGCUAUGGAGGGGGGCGCUCCGGGGCCUGUGGGAGGGGAGGUGGUGGCAGUUUUGGCUCCAGCUACGGUGGAGGAUCUGGGGGUGGUUUUAGUGCUGGUAGCUUCGGUGGAGGUUCCAGGCGCUUCGGUGGUGUGUCUGGAGGGGGCUUUGGGGGUGGAUCUGGAGGAGGCUUUGGAGGCUCUGGGGGCUUUGGGGGUGGAUCUGGAGGAGGCUUUGGUUUUGGUGGCGGUUCUGCAGGAGGCUUUGGGGGAUCUGGGGGCUUUGGCGGUGACUUUGAUGGUGGUGCUGGUGGUAUUCUGGGCGCUGAUGAGAAGACCACCAUGCAGAACCUCAAUUUCCGGCUGGCCUCCUACUUGGAUAAGGUGCAGGCACUAGAGGAAGACAACAAUAAACUGGAGGGUAAGAUCCGGGAGUGGUAUAACAAGCAGGGACCCAUGGCCUUCCAAAAGGAUUACUCCCCCUACUAUGACACCAUCGAAGACCUCAAGAACCAGAUUCUGGACACCACAGUGGGCAACCAUAAGACUCUCCUGGAUCUUGACAACAUUCGCAUGACAUUGGAUGACUUCAGGAUGAAGUAUGAGAUGGAAAGCACCUUGCGACAAGGAGUGGAGGCUGACAUCAAUGGCUUGCGGAAGGUGCUGGAUGAUCUGACCAUGCAAAAGUCUGACCUGGAAAUGCAGUAUGAGUCUCUGCAGGAGGAACUGAUUUUCCUCAAGAAGAAUCAUGAGGAUGAGAUGAAUCAGCUGACUGGGCAGAACUCUGGGGAUGUCAACGUGGAGAUGAAUGCUGCUCCUGGCAAAGAUCUCACCAAGAUCCUCAAUGACAUGCGCGAGCAGUACGAGAGGAUCAGUGCUAAGAACCGUAGGGACAUUGAAGAGCAAUAUGAGACUCAGAUGAGCCAGAUGGAGCAGGAAGUGACGAAUAGUGGCCGGGAGAUGGAGUCCAGCAACAAGGAGGUGACCCAGCUCCGGCACAGCGUCCAGGAGAUGGAGAUUGAGCUGCAGUCUCAUCUCAGCAAGAAAUCGGCCCUGGAGAAGUCCUUGGAAGACACCAAGAACCGCUACUGUGGCCAGCUGCAGCAGUUGCAGGAGCAGAUCAGUAACCUGGAGGCUCAGCUCACUGAGAUCCGGGGAGAGAUUGAGUGCCAGAAUCAGGAAUACAGCGUUCUGCUCAACAUCAAGACACGGCUGGAGCAGGAAAUUGCGACUUACCGCAGCCUCCUUGAGGGUGGCCAGGAGGACUUUGAAUCUCAUGAAUCUGGACAAAGGCGCUCUGGAGGUGGCAGAGGAAGUGGAUAUCACGGUGGAAGUGGAGGCAGUCAUGGAAGAGGAUCCUGGGGAGGAAGUGGAGGUAGCCAUGGAAGAGGAAGUGGAGGCAGCUAUGGAGGAAGAGGUAGUUCUGGAGGAGGAAGUGGAGGUAGCCACGGAGGAGGAAGUGGUGGCAGCUAUGGUGGAGGAAGUAGUUCUGGAGGAGGAAGUGGAGGCAGGGGAGGAAGUGGAAGUGGUGGCAGCUACGGAGGAGGAAGUGGAUCUGGAGGAGGAAGUGGCGGCAGCUACGGAGGAGGAAGUGGAUCUGGAGGAGGAAGUGGGGGCAGCUACGGAGGAGGAAGUGGAUCUGGAGGAGGAAGUGGCGGCAGCUACGGAGGAGGAAGUGGAUCUGGAGGAGGAAGUGGCGGCAGCUACGGAGGAGGAAGUGGAUCUGGAGGAGGAAGUGGCGGCAGCUAUGGAGGAGGAAGUGGAAGACCAUCUCAGUCCCAGUCCUCUUCCUCAAAAUCUGGUGAAUGUGAUGAUACACAAGGCUAUCAGAUUCGAUACUAGAGCUCCUGUAAGUGUUUUUGGCUCCGCCUCAGCUGAGUGUCCCCCAGACGGGCAGCCCCCCGACAAAGCCUGCUUAUUGCCUUCUGACAUCAAGGAUGGCUGGCAACGAGUCCCAGGGCUCAUUUGGGACUGGGCUGAAUGGGCAUGUGUGCCUCUGGCUGCUCACUGGCUCCCUCCCCUAGGAGGGUUGGGGAGACCUCUCUUCCAACUGUCUGGUCUGGGGGUGAUCCCACU